UUCUACAUGUUUGUUGAGGAGGUCACGCUAAGAGGGGUCACUUGUCCAUCAUUGCAUUUGAGCAGGAAUCACCUUUUUGCUUUGUCACGUUUACUUUGGGUCAGGUUUGCUUCCAUGCAAGCAGGCUGUGUGACGCCCUGGCUUAAGAGGCUGUCAGGUCCGAUUUAGUACAACUGUUAGCUCGGGCUAAAUUCUGCCGAAUGGUCUCGCACUAAUCCAAUAAAACCAUCCAAAGCGAUGGAAGCCCAGGAGGGCAGAGAGAGGGAGUCGGCAUGCGGAAGACGAGCGGUGGAAAGUUUCAUGCAAUUAGAGGAUGAUUGGAGAUUAGUCAGCAGAAAAGAUGCUCCUUGUUUGUUCUCCUUCAAGUUCCAGCUUCACUCCACAACUCUUAAUUUUGGGGCAGUCCAGUAAGAUAAAAACUUGUUGUGUUACUGUGUUUCACGUUCAGAUGUCUUACGAUGACAAAUGGUAGUGGAUGCAGCUAUGCUGAUGUGUCACUGCCUUUGGUCCUGUCCUGGUCCUUUUUGGUCCUUAGCCCAUUGGACACAAUGCAGUCAUUCAUGUCACAACAGCGGUGCCUGUCGCUUUGUCUCUCGGAAUGGUCGGCUCACGUGGUCCAGCAGAGGGUCUGGCGUCCAUCAUGGCCAUCAUACGAUGUGAUGCUAGCAGAGGAGAUAAACAAACAUGCGUAGUUAUUUGCUAUUUUGUCGCUUAAAAUUUGUAUCGAUGAUUUCACAAAGGUUUGUUUUAACUUUUUUACUGUGUGAACAGAACCCAGAUGGAACGCUUACCAAACAAAAACCACGGCCAGAAGGCCCAAGCAGACGAGCCGUCCCGCAUCCAAGGGACAGGCAUCCGGCUCGGCGUCUGGAUCGACUGGGGAGAUGAGCAGCAGCGAGCCCAGCACGCCCGCCCAAACCCCUCUAGCUGCCCCAGUCAUCCCCACCCUCCACUCUCCUGGAAACCCUCCUCCUCUGCCUCCCGUCCCCAGCAAGGUCAGGGAAGAGGAAGCGCUGCGUGCUCAGGUGAAGGACCUGGAGGAGAAGCUUGAGACCCUGAAGAUGAAGCGCACGGAGGACAAGGCCAAGCUGAAGGAGCUGGAGAAGCACAAGAUCCAGCUGGAACAGCUGCAGGAGUGGAGGACCAAGAUGCAGGAGCAGCAGGUCGAGCUGCAGAAGCAACUUAAGGAGGCCAAAAGGGAAGCCAAAGAAGCCCUGGAGGCUAAGGAGCGCUACAUGGAGGAGAUGUCUGACACCGCCGACGCCAUCGAGAUGGCCACACUGGAUAAGGAGAUGGCCGAGGAGCGGUCUGAGUCUCUGCAGCUGGAGGUAGACUCCAUGAAGGAGAAGGUGGAGGAGCUGACCAUGGACCUGGAGAUCCUCAAACACGAGAUUGAAGAGAAAGGCUCUGAUGGUGCUGCGUCCAGUUACCAUGUCAAACAGCUAGAGGAGCAGAACAGCAGACUGAAGGAAGCCCUUGUCAGGAUGCGUGAUCUAUCAGCAUCUGAGAAGCAGGAGCAUGUGAAGUUGCAGAAGCAGAUGGAGAAAAAGAACGUGGAACUGGAUGCUUUGAGGGGCCAGAAGGAAAAACUGCAAGAAGAAAUGUCAGUGUCAGAAAAGACUAUUGAUGAGCUGAAAGAGCAGGUGGAUGCUGCUUUGGGCGCUGAGGAGAUGGUGGAGACCCUGACUGAGAGAAACUUGGAUCUGGAAGAGAAAGUCAGGGAGCUGAGGGAGACAGUCACCGACCUGGAGGCCAUCAAUGAGAUGAACGAUGAGCUGCAGGAGAACGCCCGGGAGACGGAGCUGGAGUUGAGGGAGAUGCUGGAUCUGGGCGGGGCCCGUGUGCGAGAGGCUGAGAAGCGAGUGGAAGCCGCGCAGGAGACGGUCGCUGACUACCAGCAGACCAUCCAGAAGUACCGCGAGCUCACGGCUCACCUGCAGGAAGUCAACCGAGAGCUGACCAGCCAGCAGGAAGCCUCCGCAGAACUUCAGCAGCAGCCGCCUGCAGAGAUGUUUGACUUUAAAAUCAAGUUUGCUGAGACCAAGGCCUACGCUAAGGCCAUCGAGAUGGAGCUGAGGAAGAUGGAGGUGAGUCAGGCCAACCGACACGUUUCCCUCCUGACCACCUUCAUGCCAGAGUCAUUCCUCCGUCAUGGCGGAGACCACGACUGUAUCUUGGUGCUGCUGCUCAUUCCCCGACUCAUCUGCAAGGCAGAGCUAAUCAGCAAACAAGCUCAGGAGAAGUUUGACCUAAACGAGAACUGCGUGGAAAGAACUGGACUCAGGGGGUCCCUCGGGGAGCAGCUGAGCUUCGCCGGUGGUCUGGUUUACUCCCUCAGUCUACUGCAGGCCACGCUCCACAAAUAUGAACACGCUCUUUCCCAGUGCAGCGUGGAGGUCUACAAGAAGAUCGGCUCUUUGUACCCGGAGAUGAGCGUCCACGAGCGUUCCCUGGACUUUCUGAUAGACCUGCUGCACAAAGACCAGCUGGAUGAGACGGUCAACGUGGAGCCGCUCACCAAAGCCAUCAAGUACUAUCAGCACCUGUACAGCAUCCAUCUGGCAGACGAGAGUGAAGACUGCACCAUGCAGUUGGCAGACCACAUCAGAUUCACUCAGAGCGCGUUGGACUGCAUGGCGGUGGAGGUGGGUCGCCUGAGGGCCUUCCUCCACGCCGGCCAGGAGAAGGCCGACCUGGCCGUGCUGCUCAAGGACCUGGAGACCUCCUGCAGCGACGUACGACAGUUCUGCAAGAAGAUACGCCGCCGCAUGCCGGGUACCGACGCCCCAGGCAUCCCGUCAGCGCUCGGCUUCGGACCGCAGGUGUCUGACACCUUGUCAGACUGCCGCAAGCACCUGACAUGGGUGGUGGCCGUGUUGCAGGAGGUGGCCGCGGCCGGGGCCCAGAUGAUGUCACCCCUGGGGGAGCAGGAGGGGCUGGUGGCCGUCAAAUUGGAGGAUGUGGCGUUCAAGGCGGGUGAACAGAUUUACGGAAGCCCGGGCGCCAACCCGUACGAGUGCCUGCGUCAGUCCUGCUGCAUGGUCAUUGCAACAAUGAACAAGAUGGCCACUGCCAUGCAGGAGGGAGAGUACGACUCUGACAGGCCUCAAACCAAAGACCCGCCUCCUGUGGACGUGCGAGCAGCCGUCCUGCGAGCAGAGAUCACGGAUGCAGAAGGUCUGGGCAUGAAGCUGGAGGACAGAGAGACGGUCAUCAAGGAGCUGAAGAAGUCACUGAAGAUUAAGGGCGAAGAACUGAGCGAAGCCAGCGUCCGCCUCAGUCUCUUGGAGAAGAAGUUGGACAGUUCAUCCAAAGACGCCGACGAGCGCGUGGAGAAGAUCCAAACCCGACUGGACGAGGCUCAGAGCCUCCUCAAGAAGAAAGAGAAGGACUUUGAGGAGACGAUGGACGCACUCCAGGCCGACAUCGACCAGCUGGAGGCUGAGAAGGCGGAGCUUAAGCAGCGCAUUAGCGGACAAUCCAAGAUGGCCGGCGACGGUGUGCGAGGCCCGUCGGGAAUAGCGUCUGUUGUUUCAGGAGCAGCAGGAGUGUGCUCCAUGUCGGGUGGCGUGGCAGCAGGUGUGGGGGUGCAGGUGGUGGACUCGCCACUGCUGACUCGUCAGAUUGAAGCUCAGAGACUUUGCAUCAAGCAGCUGAAGAACGAAAACAACUGGCUGAAGGCUGAGAAGAUGCGCAGCCAACUGGCGGCGCUGCCCCCCCUCCAUGUCACCAAACUGCCCUCCAGGGACGGCGGGGGUCAUCCGGCCGCAGCAGCGCUCUCCGGCGCCCUCUACAGGAAGACGGACCAGCUGCUGGAGACGUUACUGCAGAUGAGCGCCAACGUCAAGGUGGUGGACAUCACAGGGAAAUGUCCCGUGACGCCCAGCGCUCAGCUUCUGGAGCAGACUGCUCGCUUACAGUCUCUGCGAGAUACGCUGGACAGACUCAAGGUGAUCUCUCACACACACAUACGCACGAUAAAUACAUUUUGGUGGUUGGUGUGUAUGUCGUCUCUUCAGGGUGAAGUAGCUGAACACGUCGUCAAACAGCAACCUGGCGCUCGAGUGUCGUCCGACUUCGCCACAUUUCCUUCUGCCUGCUUCAUCAAGGCCACGGAGGAGAAGCAAGCCAAGGCGGUUCUGGUGGGGCGCGUGAUGGUGCCGUGUCCUCGCGGUCAGGAGCAGGUCCACCACCUGGUUCUGACGCAGCGUCAGCUCCAGAACAUCCACAGCCUGCUGAGGAGCUGAGCAUCAUCCGUCACCAUCCCCGCCUGCCGCCAUCACGCCUGCAGCUUACGCGUGAACUUGCAACAUCAAAAUUUAGCUACUGAGGUAGCUUCUCAACGCUGCAUGCAAAUUCUGUUCCAUGAGCGUUUAUUAGCCUCGUGUAGCAUGUUAGCGUACCGUCCGUCCUGCUGUAAGCAUGUUUACAUUGAUUAGAAGCUACUUUUGCACAUCAGAGCGACAAAACGACUCUGCAAAGUCACCUUUAACCUUCUUUAGUUUGACGCCAACUAUUACAUUGACGUGGAUUUAUUUAUUUUGCACUUUUACGUGACUUUUAGAUACGAAGCUGCCUUUUAAGUACUGGUUUCAUUUGUUCUUGAUUGAGGCCUGUGCGAAGCCGGAUGUCUCCUUAUCCAGGAUACAUUUGAGGAUUAACUCCGGUUACGCAGUACUACGAAGCAGGUUAACUUCUUAGCAGGAUAGGAGACCACGGUAUUCACCUGCUUUGUCGCAGGUAGUAAUCAGAGCUGAUACAAACCCCUCGUAUUGACCAAUAUGAGAUCACAGCCUUUUAAAGCCCCGCCCACUGACCAAUAAGUUGUUUCUGAACGCACUCAUGACAAGGCUAGAAAAUCCUGACUUGACUAAUGAUGAAAUUUAUCCAGCUUCAUAGUACCGCAUAUCCCACAUCUUCAAUGUUAAGCUGGAAAACAAAGAAAAGAUGGUGGAUACGUGAAAACUUGCCUCGUAGUACAGGCCUUUCAUUUUAAAUUAACGGGCAUUGCGCAUCUGAUCAAUAAAGUGUGUCAAACGCUGAAUUGUCCACCUUGUUUUAUUGUAUAAAACAUUAAUUUGAUCAAUUCAAACAUUCAGCUCGGCUCAGUAAAAAAAGUUUUAAAAACCAAGUUGCUUAAAAAAAAAAAAAAUCGAAUCUGUCGUUAAAUUACCAAUAAUUUGCAUGUAAGGCAGCUCGGCGGUUCUCCAGGAGACGCUUGGUGAUUCCCUGGAAAAACAAAACUACUUUUAGUGUGUGUGUGUGUGUGUGUGUGUGUGUGUGUGUGUGUGAGAAACGGCAGCUGUGUGCCAUCAUUACCUUGUUGUAGAGCUGCACAUUCAGUCUGUUUGUUUGGGACUGCGCUUUCCGUCUCUCUGCUGCACGCUUCCUUUGCACCUCGGGAAGACUGUCGUACAUUCUGGACAACAGAAAUACAUCAAAUUGGUCAUGGCAUACUGAAAGAGGUUCAAUAUACGUACUUAAAAAUAGAUUUCAGAAAAACAUUUUUCAUCAAUGGACAAUUUAAUAAAUGAAUUCAAAUUAGAAUUCUCUACAGGCACAGAAUGUUUUUGAAAGCUUAUUCAUUUCUACGGAUGUCCCGAACCAGAGUUUUUGGCUUCCGAUCCAAUACCAAUCCUUUUUUUUUUAUUUAUUGAUAAGCUUUUGUUACAAACAUGAAUUUGUGGAAUUAAAAAUGGUUAUGAAAAUAGCUCUUCAAAGCAUUAAAAAUAAUGCAACCAAAGUUUACUUUUUGAUUACACAGCAUGCCCAACAAUAUUGCUUGGCUUUUGUAACAAACCUCGUAAGGUCCCUAAUCCAAUAAAAGAUCAAAUUGGAAAAAAUGGGUGUGCAAAAUACUUUUAGGGUAGGACUAAUCAUUUGACAUGGUCGUAAAUCAAUUUGUGGUGUGAUUUUUAGUAACAAACUCUCUUCCAAGCAAUAGUAAUUUAUUGACAGUCCCUAGUAUAAACAACCAGCGGUAACAGCGGCGUUGGCGGAGCCAGAAUUUUGUUUUUAUUGGUGUGGCCAAGGUGAGACCAUUACUCACAUAGGGGUGGCAAUAAGUUGAUACCUGAAUUGUCUCGAUGGCCAGUGGGGUUGGCCGGAAGGUGACCACAUAGCUUCGCCACUGUACAGCGGCACUUCCUGUGCGAGCUCCCGGCACCAUGACGCAGCAGCCCGGCCACAGUGAGAGGGAACUUCCGCUGUAGCUACGGAGCUGAAUGGUCAACGUCCACUGAAACUAACUUCACCACGGUACACUGCAGACAUGUCUGCAUGGUGGUGUUGCGUUUUCUUCUUCUUGUGGGUGGCGGGAGUCGUGUGGCAACCAGCUUUGAGAUUCAUGACUGCACCUAUCGUGUUGGAGCGUGGCCCAGAGUUCCGAACGUUAUACAGCAACCGGAUCGGCCCGAUCUCGUGGCGGAAGCAGAUAUUAUCCGAUCUUCAAAAUACAGCGCAUAGGGACAACCCUAUUUAUUUCAGUAGUUACGUUCAAAAUUUGAAACUGAUUUUCUAGAGCCACUACACACAAAGUUAGAUAUUCCAAGAAUGUAUUUCUUAUUUUAAUGGUUAAAAAAAACACCCCAAAAUGACACAAAGUUGAGUAAUUUCUAAUCAAAUAAAGUGCAAAAACUUCCUUAGCCUUUAAUUGGUCUUUUUGUCGUACUAGAACUCUUGAAAUCAAAUACAUUUUUCAUAUUCGUAUUUAUUGAGCUGCACCUUUAUUUAAAUAGCUUUAGUUCAUGUUUUGGGAAAACAAACCAUCUAAAACAAUGUAUCAAAUAAAUACUAUAAAAGGUCAUUAAAAAGCUUUUUUGUUGCAUUAAGGCUAAUUAAUCUAAUUAAUUCAUUGUUUUGUUUUCUCUUAAAAGUUUGUUACUUUUACAAUCAUAAAAAUAAUAAAUGCAACCAUUAUAACAUAGAAACAUACCUAAGAAUGGCUUACUACGAUGCUUUUUAUUUGAGCUUAGCUUUUUGUGCUUGAAUAAACUCACAAAAGCUUUUUCAUUGGUGGUGCGACGCCUUGAGGAUGAAUGAAGUAUUGACUGGUGAAAACACUUCAGGUCUGCUCAUAAGAUUAUUUUUGAGGCACAUUUGACUUUUUGCAAGAAUAACAUCUUAAGUAAUGCCGCUGGCGACCAGUCCAUGGUGUACACCACCUGUUGCCCAAAGUCACCUGGGAUAGGCUCCAGCUCCCCCCCCCAGUGAGGAUAAGGAUCAUGGAAGAUGGGUGGAUGGAGGUAAGGCAGUACCAAUCCUACCUUCUGGUGCGCUGCAUCAUCUCCUUCCAGGGAACGGCCCUCAUGAGUACAGUGGCACCUGCAGGCACACAAAUGUAAAGAUGACUCACUUUCUCCCAAAAAAAGAA